GGCGCGAAAUCUCGCCAAUUUAAACCUAAUCUCGUAUGUUCUCGUGUCUUACAUCAACAUGGCGGCGGCAGCGGCACAGAAAGUACAAGAAGUUAGAGAGGUGACAAGGAUUGAGCGGAUUGGUGCCCACUCCCACAUCCGUGGUCUCGGUCUUGAUGAUGCAUUGGAGGCCAGGCAGGUGUCUCAGGGGAUGGUGGGACAAACUGCUGCUAGGAGAGCAGCAGGAGUUAUACUGGAGAUGAUCAAGGAAGGUAAAAUAGCUGGCAGGGCUAUCUUGAUAGCUGGGCAGCCUGGGACAGGAAAAACUGCCAUAGCCAUGGGUAUGGCACAAGCUCUAGGUCAAGACACCCCUUUUACAGCAAUGGCUGGAAGUGAAAUAUUUUCACUAGAGAUGGGGAAGACAGAAGCUCUGACUCAAGCAUUUAGAAAAUCUAUAGGAGUUAGAAUCAAGGAAGAAACAGAGAUCAUAGAAGGUGAAGUUGUUGAAAUACAGAUAGACAGGCCUGCUACUGGCACGGGAGCCAAAGUUGGAAAGCUAACUUUGAAAACUACAGAAAUGGAAACUAUCUAUGAUCUUGGACAGAAAAUGAUUGAAUCUCUCACCAAAGAAAAAGUACAAGCAGGUGAUAUAAUAACAAUUGACAAAGCCACAGGCAAGAUUACAAGACUGGGCAGGUCUUUUACCAGAGCUAGAGACUAUGAUGCCAUGGGACCUCAGACCAAAUUUGUCCAGUGUCCAGAGGGCGAACUGCAAAAAAGGAAAGAAGUGGUGCACACUGUAACUUUACAUGAAAUUGAUGUAAUUAACAGUAGAACACAAGGCUUCCUUGCUUUAUUCUCUGGUGACACUGGUGAAAUAAAGACUGAAGUACGAGAACAGAUCAAUGCUAAAGUAGCAGAAUGGAGAGAGGAAGGCAAAGCUGAGAUUGUUCCAGGAGUUCUUUUUAUUGAUGAAGUUCAUAUGUUAGACAUUGAGUGUUUCUCCUUCCUAAACCGUGCCUUAGAAAGUGACAUGGCCCCUGUGUUGAUUAUGGCAACCAAUAGAGGCAUCACUAGAAUUCGGGGUACAAACUACAUGAGCCCUCAUGGCAUUCCUAUUGACUUGCUGGACCGUCUGCUUAUCAUUUCAACAUCACCUUAUGAAGAAAAAGAAAUCAAACAAAUUUUAAAAAUCCGGUGUGAAGAAGAAGAUGUUGAGAUGACUGAAGAUGCAUUAACAGUUCUAACAAGAAUUGGGAUGGAGACUUCUCUGAGAUAUUCCAUACAGAUCAUUACUGCUGCCGCUCUUGUCAGUAGGAAAAGGAAGGGCACUGAAGUCAGUGUGGAUGACAUCAAACGAGUAUAUUCCUUAUUUAUGGAUGAGUCUCGCUCUACACAGUUCCUUAAGGAAUACCAGCAAGAAUUCAUGUUCAAUGAAUUAGGUGUCGACACUGAGCAGAUGGAGACUAGUUAAUGAAACCUCCCACACAUAUCAGCCAAUAUUCCAGGUGAUUAAUUAGCUCAGGUGUGCUCUUUCACAAGAUGCUUGGCCAAAGAAGGAGAACUUCUGACAGACAGACAGCAGCAAGGUGCAUCAGAAUGUAUUCUUGGCAGUGGAUCCUAGUUACCACAAAAUUACAACAGCUUUAUACACCACCAUCCCACAUUGCCACCUUCACUGCUAAUAUGUUAACACUGUAUAGAGGAAGGGAAUGAACACUGGCAUUCCACACAGAAAGCAUUUGCAGAGAUUAUUAUCAUAAUGUUGUAUUAUGAGACAUAGAGUAGCAGUGUGGUUUUGUUUAUAUUUUUGUAUAUAGCUUUUUAUUAUAAAGAUAGGUUUAUCUGAUGAUGUGUGGAGCAAAUUAGGUGAAGAAACAGUGCAAGGUUGGCUCUGUUUUGACUGGAUGUAUUGGUUGUAUAACAAGUAGUGUAAAUGAUAGACAAACGAAAUGUAAAAACAUAUGUUUAUAUCUGUUUUGUCAUAAAAAAAUUAUUUUGAUGCAAAUUGCACGUUUGUUUUGAGGCAAUGAUACCAUUUUAAGAAACUUCAUUUGAUCUUUUACCAAAUAUAAUUUUGCUUGAAUGGCAAUGAAUUCCAUAUUCCGUCAAAAGAAAUUUGUGACUUAAUGAUUCAUGAAUGAUUCAUAUUUCUUAUGGUUAUUUUAUAGUAGCAGCAAAGGAAUCUUUAUAUCUGCGUGUUGUUAAUGAAGUAUUUUCUCUUCUCAUCUGGUUUAUAUGCUAUAACCUACUGACCCCAAAUAAACUGGGUUGGAUGGAAAACAGAUUAUAUAUUUCACUUGUCCUGAGCUUGAGCAUAGUUUUUUUUCCAUGUAACUUAGACCAGAUUACAUCACUCACUGAUGCUAAUACCUGGAUGUUAUAUUUGUAGCAGAACAGUGCAUUAGGAGAAGUCAUACCAUAAUUAUUAUUUUCUCUUAGAGGAAUGAGCAUUAUAUUUGCUUGACAUACUUCUUUUUUUUGUUUGUUUGUUUGUUUGUUUGUUUGUUUUGUUUGUUUUGUUAGCAAAUGCUGAUAUUUUUAAAGAAUUAAAAUUCAUUAAGUGGCCUAAAAAUAGUGCUCAAGUCUUUCCUUGGUCUUUUACACAAGUGCCAGACCAGUUUUCUGUUUUAAUGUAGUGGCUGUCACAGUAAAACAUGUACUUUCCUACAGAUAUACCCCUUAACCUUUUAUAAACGUCAGAUUGCUUAUUAGCACCAGAUGAAUCUAAAAUGCAUUAUACAUGUUUGAAUAUUUUGAGCAGUUUGAAAUAAAUUUGAACAGAUAAAAGUUGA